AUGGCUACCACAACCAUGCAGCACAACCCAGUCUUUGAAGUCCUCGCUAUCAUACAAGCAGGCCUCGACAAAUUUCCCAAUCCAAGCGAUAACCUUGACUUUACCCAAUGUCGUGGAUUGGUGAAUAAAAGCACAAAUCAGUGUGAAAACAAGAGCUGCAAGAAAAGUGAAAGGGAAAAGGUUAAGAGCCUAUUCUCCGACUUCAAACGCAUGGCCGAGUGCCCCGACUCAGACGGUUUCUACGAAGACAUGCAGUUCUUUGUCACCUACACGCAUUGCUCCAAGCAUCGCAAAGAUGUGUGUACAGCAUUUGAGAGAUGGAAGAAUCUGAGAUCGGCGGCCGCCUAUACUCCACGAUUUAUGAUCCCCGGGGCAUACCCAGAUGAUUCUCGACCGCCAUCUCCAGCAGAUUCUCCGGCAGAAUCUCUAGCUGCAUCAUCAGAUGCCAUUUUUUCACCAGCUCUCUCUCAAAGCAGCAACGAAAUGUUCCAUUUUGCAUCCUCAGAUGCUCUUGUCUGCGAUGAGCCAGAUUCAUACAGCGCAUCAGAAGAUGGCGAGGACCCUCUGAUGACUGACAUCAUUUCCAAAAUGGCGGCCACCAAGAUCGACAGCCCAGGCCGGAUGGACGUUACGGUCCGUCGAAAGAGCAAAGAGUGCGAGGGACUCAAGAUCCAUGGUCUUGGUAUCGGCAAACCUAAGCGCGCCCUAUCCUUGACUGAUCAUACACCGGUGUUGAGAGUAUUCUAUGAACAUCCGAGCAAAACAGCCAUGAAGGAAGGAACAAUAUACGUCCUCAAGCAUCUCCUUGCCCCCGGUUACUUCAAGAUUGGAACCACGAUCAGAGGCGCGGGUGUCAGGGUCGACGAGCAGUGUUUCAAGAACAGCUCGAAAAUGAUUUACGAAUCCAGAGUCAAAUUUCGAGGGGCACAGAAAGCGGAGAAGAUUAUACACAAGGAGCUUCAUAAUCACCAGAUCCUAGUCAAACAAUGCGAAGGUUGUGGUGGCGGUCAUACUGAAGUGUUUAACGCUCCCGAGGACAAGAUACGCGAAACUAUUGAGAAAAUCGAACGCGUGGUCCAGCUACCGGCAUACAUUCAACAAGAGGGGAAAUGGAAGCUGUCUCAAGAAGCAAAACUAUUGCUUCAUGACAUCUACGGACCCAGGGCAAGACACUGGCGCGAAGUCAUGGGGGCGAACACGGGAUACGGCAGAGCUCAGAAUGAGAGUCGAGAGGCGACGCGACAGGAACCCAGUUCUCAAGGGCGAACAGCGAUAGCGAUAGCGGCCGAGGCCCAAGGGACAGAUCCAAUGCCUUUCGAGAUUCGGUUUGAGGCAAGGGCCUCUGUGCCGGAUGAUCUUGAGGUGAACUUUCGGGUUCGCAGGGGGGAAGCUCCUGCAAAUGCAGACGAAGCAGAGGUUUUGAUACUCCCCAGGAGGCCCAAGCCAGAGGAAGCCGGAGGAGGGAUCUUGGGGAGAGGAUUUAGAGCACUCAUUGGCGGUUUUAGCAGAGGAGGUAGCAUAGAAACUUUAUUCCACGGGUUCGCCAAUAGUUCGGGUGCCCAAAUUCCUAUCAACGAACGUGAAGUCUUUGCAGCAUCCAGAAUGAUCCCUGAAAUCUUCAUGGAACACGAAGAGGACGUUUCUGUCAUGACUACUAUACGAGUUUUCGAAAAGGAGUGCGCUGUCAAGCCUCCGAGCGAUGACUGCGGUCGGAUGGGCACUGGACAGAUGAAAUAUCAAUGUCAGUUCGGGGCUAUUUUCAGAGGAGUAUCAAAUUCAGAGAAUGCAAUAUUUAGCUCACAUAUCCAGCACUUUAUGGAGAGCACGGAAGGCCCUCGCGAUCACACUCUAUGCAUGGUACGCCACCCUCACAAGGCAGGCUUUCGGUGCGACAACGCGAACAACCCAUGA